UCUUUUUCCUUUCUUUUAUUUUUCAAUUUAAAACAAUAACGAAAUUGUACAAAGCAUGUUACCACAAUCCAUCUUGUCUUUACUUGCAAUGAUUGCCUUGGCAACAACCUCCUGCGUUGUCAAUGCCUAUAUGAAUGAACCAUACCCACCCUUUGUUAUAACAUCGCCAAAGCAUGGCCAAAUCGUAAAACAAGGUGACGCUGUCAAAAUCACCUGGGAACUAUCUCCGGAUACCAAAUACCCUCUGUACGGUUACGCUGCUUCUCGAACAUCCCGGACCGUUGGUAAAGGAGAACAUGCUUUCAUUCUACAUUCGAUUAUGUUUUAUUUUGGAAGAGGGAUCAAGUUGGAUAGAGGGAUUUGGGGUUUGUGGCAGAGUAGUGAGAAGAAAGGUGAGUAUACUAAAUAUAAAUACCGUUUUCUAUAUGUGUAUAGCCGGAUUGUUACCGCCGAAUGCACCGAAAACGGAACGAUAUAUUCGGAAUAUCGAGACGCAUUUGCUAUUCACCGAGUUUGAAUACGACUGGACAGUGGAUGAUUCGAUAGAACCAGGGACAUAUCAGAUGGGCAUCGGCUUCUACUACCACCAGGCAUCCCCGGUGUUCCACGUAGUUGAAAAGGAACAAGACGACCCAUCGUUGUUAUAACAACAGCAGCAACAACAACAACAAUAGUCUAAACGUUGUUGAUCCUCUCCCCCCGCAUUUCAAGUAAACAAACGGCGAAUUUUCGAGAGAUGUCAACAAUAGCAGACUCUCUCCCCAGCUCAACUAAGAAUUUUUUUCUUCAACUUUGUCCAAGUCGAACUUUGUUGCCUCGGGCUCUAAUUGUGUAUAAGCCCAGGGACAUUACAUGCAGACAAAUCCGAACAAUGAUUGUGGCAUAUAUGCCGCCAAAUCAAAGGUGUUGUUUGUAGAAUGUAUAAAUAUCAUGGGAGAUUUGUAUCAUAUAUAAAAACUUACGAUUCUUACCCUCUUCUUUUUUUUUACUUUUCGCAAUAA